AUGGCAUGUAGGAAUCGUGAAAAAUGCGUUCAAGUAAGAAGAGAUAUCGUUUUGAAUACGCGAAAUAAGCAGGUUUACUGUAGACAGUGCGACUUAGAGGAUUUCGACAACAUUCGAGCUUUCGUUCAAAAAUUAAGCAAAGGCAAGUUUGAAUUGGAUAGAAUCGAUGGACUUGUACACAAUGCAGCAAUGAUGGAUGCUGAGAGGAAAGUCAAUAAGGAUGGUAUCGAAAGGACGUUCGCUACUAACCAUCUUGGUUCGUUUUUGCUGACUGCAUUACUAAUGGACAAGUUGCUCGCGCAAGAUCACCCAGUCAGAAUAGUGUUUUUGAACACGAACAUCAUUGGACGAAAAUGUGAGUUAGACUUCGACGAUUUGAAUGCUGAAUCUCGAAAGAAAUACGAUGGAUUCGAAGUGUACAAACAAAGCAAGCUUGCUGCUGCUAUGUUCGCUCGAGAGUUGGCGGAUAGGCUAAAAGAUACCAAUGUUUCGGUAACAGUCGCAGAUCCAGGAAGGACCAAGUCUAAUCUUUCCGCUAAGAUGGACGGUCAAACAUUUUUCCUCAGUCGAUGGUUGCUUAAAAUUGUUAGUUUCGGUAUGGGCGAGCGGCGAACGGAGAAAGCUGUACGACCGGUACUGUAUGCUAUAGCCGAUCCUGCCAUGGAAGGUGUAAAUGGAGUUUUCAUUGACCGAGAGCGUAAUGAACAACCAUGGUGUGAAUCUGUAGAAGACGUCGAGAAACGCCGUCGAUUGUGGAAUACAAGUGAAGUGUGGACGAAGCUUAGCGAACGCAUGCAACAGGUGCAAAUUCACGAUUACUCUUUUACCGUUUUUUGGGUGAUAUCUUAUUUUUUUUGCUAA